UAAUACAAUAUAAUUAGUUUUGUCAUAAUUAACAGCGGAUGUUAAAUAACGUACAUUCCAUUAAUCUCAUCUACCGACACGUGAGCAAUAAACCUUUAGCACGCGACUGAUUAUUAGAAUUCCACACUUAGUUCACGCCGUGCAUAAUUUACGUUUAUUCAUCGAACAUUCUGCUUCUCGGGAGCUUAACCAUCCCGGCUUUCCAUCGUCGUGGAGAGCUUGAUGGGCCGUGAAGCAUAAUUGUCGAUCCACUUUGCGCCACUGAUCGUGUCGACAUGGCACUCCUCACUCGAAUUUGUCACCCCAAUACCUAUUUAUUUUGCAGCGGAUUUGUUUAAUUUUAGAAACAAUUAUACCCAACGAAAACCCAGAUAGAAAUCCGCCAAUUAAUUUGUCAUGGCGCGAAUUCGAUGAAGUUUGCGUGGGACGAAGAACUAUUUAGAAACUACUAAUGCAUUUACAGCGUUUCAUUAAUUUCCCAAAUAGUUUUUCUUCUCUUUCGUAAGUAUCAUUGAUUGCGCCUAGGGAUAAUCAAGAUCGACGUAAUCCAAGUUUGAGCAAGCGGAAUAACUUGAAAUAAUUAUAUCAAUCGCGCGCAAACUUUUAAUUCUGCCCGACUUGCGUUUCGGUAAACACUAUUUGCAACGGUGCGCCCGCAAACAAUAAUUGCUUAGAUAAUUCCGGAGGGGAAGGAUCAUGGGCGCACGGGGUAUUCUCGGAAAUUAAAGAUACGCCGUUGCACAUUACGAUUGUAUCUGCCCCUAUUUGUAUAUACUUUCCGCCUUCUCGCGGGAGAUUUCCCUCCCUGAUCUUCCACAUUGCCCCGUGCGGCACACUCUGAAAGCGCUUUACGGGAAUCCGAAGAAAUUUCACCGUUUAACUUUGGGAUCAACCCCAUCGAACUGCUUAGCAUCGAGAAAGACACUUAACUUUUAACGCCCUGUGUUAAUGUGUACCCUUCCGCUUUCCGUUGAUAAUUUACUUACCGAAUUCCGGGGAACUCGAAGCGCACACCUGCGCCCAUACCUCAUUAGAGGGUUUUAAAGGGACGCCUUUAAAGGGAUAAAGUUCGUUCCCUGCUGCGAGCGCGACGCGAUCCGUAAGAAUUUCUUAAUUGGCGGAUUGCCCGUUGUACAAUGGAAGACGGAAUAUUUUCUCGGGGGGUACGUAUAUAACAAAUUUUUAAUUCGAUUGCUAAACCCCGCGAGUACGAAUACUUGCGGAUGUUAACUCGUGGAGAUUUCUAUUACACCUUUUUAUUUACGAAAGUGCGCGCGCGUCACGCUAAAAUAAUGUGCAAUUAACUGCGUUCCCGCGUAUUCGUUUACACGCAAUUAUGCCGCCGAGGAUCAGCGAUGCGUGAUACGCGUGCUUGCGUGCGGUCCCCGUCGCCCCAUUGUAAUCCCGAAAUGAAAGCCCGGGUUGCAUGAGCCAGGUAUGCUCACUUUUUUUUCGAUAAGUCAAUUAUCCACUAAUAAUAGCCUAUUGAUUGAGCUACCGAAUAUGGCUAAGUAACGAACGUGGAUGGAAAAGAGAACAAAAUUGAUGUCGGUAGACAGAUUGUGAUAUGAUGUACAAAGGUGGAAAAAAAAUCUUUGUGUCCUACGUAAAAACGCGCUCUUUUCCUCUCUUUCUCUCUCUCAUUCAUCCCCCUCGUUAUCGAUACAAAAUCCAAAUAAUGAGAGGUGUAUCCAUAGAAUCGAAAAUGCGUAGGGGGAUAAGAUAGCCCGAGGUUCCCAUUAUGACCCCAAAAAAUUACGAAUCGACCGGCGAUACUUUGUCCGGAAACACCCGAGAAGUCUUUCCGCCGGUAGAGGGUAUGCGGUAUUUCCGUGAAUCGCCGGUGAGAAGUGGUAGCUGUCAGCAUUAUGUCGGACAGGCGGGACUAUCUCCCGAGAGAGAACGGUCGCGUGACCGCUGCGUUUCCUCGCGCGAUUCGCGCUCUUCACGCGAGCGUCAUUCUGAAUCGGGUCUUCACGAGGAAGAGUGGUACGGGCGCACGCGAAGAUCGUCGUCUGCCGCGCAUUACCGUCAACCGCAGGAUCAUUACUGCGAGCGCAGUCGAUUACAGAGGUUCAAAGCGAGGGUAUGGCCUCGCUCGACACUGGCCUGCACAUACGCCUGUACACACGAGACAGAGCAGUGGAAACGAUAAGGAGGGGCGGGAGGACACCGGCUCUCUGGACCGUACCCCGCGGGCCUCGAUGACAAUGGCUGUGACAACGUCGACGGUACCAAUGCAGCCGAUCUACGUUCCCGCGGGAUCUACGACCUCCGUCGCCGACAUCCCGAUGAAUUUGCAACGCCGGCGACUGCGACAGCAGCAGCAGGAACCGCAAGAAUUAUCCCUGACGCGGCCGGCGGACGCACCCGCGUCCUCGUCGUCGGUCCACGACGAGCCCGUCAGAACCCCGCUCUCCGCGAACUUUAUCCGGUCCCUGCCAGCUUCGCCGGCUUCACCAAAACGAUCCUCCUCGUCCAGCAAAACGCCCGGCAUAUCGAAGUCGCAGAUGAAAGAGUUCAGGGAGGCCUUCAGGCUGUUUGACAAGGACGGCGAUGGGACUAUCACGAAAGAGGAGCUCGGCAGGGUUAUGCGUUCCCUGGGACAAUUUGCAAGAGCGGAGGAGCUGAGCACGAUGCUGCAGGAAAUCGACAUUGACGGCGAUGGAAACGUGAGCUUCGAGGAGUUCGUCGAGAUCGUCAGCAACAUCGGCGGUGCGAGCACGGCGGCACCCCCGGAUCAGGAUCAGGAGGAGCAGGAAUUGCGAGACGCCUUUCGGGUGUUCGACAAACAUAAUCGGGGGUACAUCACCGCGUCGGACCUCAGGGCGGUGCUGCAAUGCCUGGGGGAGGAUCUUUCCGAGGAGGAGAUCGAAGAUAUGAUUAAGGAAGUGGACGUGGAUGGAGAUGGCCGAAUUGAUUUCUAUGAAUUCGUUCAUGCCCUCGGCGAGCCGGGAAUUGACGAGGACGAGGAGGAUGACGAAGACGACCUGCAAUCUCCGCUCUAAGAUCACAUUUAUUCUUACACCUCUCUUUUAGAUAAGUCAUAUCGACACACGGGGCAAAGGCGAUGUGCAAUCUCGCUUCCGCGAAACAUUCCUUCUCUCGCGUUUCGCAAUCGAUUGACGAAACGGAACGAGGCUCAACUUUCGACUUCGUGAACUCCGUUUACGUUUCGUUAAGUCUCAUUCUUAUUCUCAAAUUUCGAGUCAAAUUUUAAUGCUGGAACCCGAAAGGUCUCGCUAAGCGCAUUGUGAAUAUAGAUAACAAAAAGAAUUAUAAAAUAAACAAUCUGCACCGAGCUACCGUUAUCUGCGAAUCAUCGUGAAUACAGCACAAAUUUGCAUUUUCAAUGUAUACUAAAUACACGUGAACCGAGACCCCCGUCGAUCGGGGGGGGAUUUUCGAUAAAAUUCACGAGUUUCAUGACUCGAUGGCUCGUGAGACUCUAUUUAAUUAACACUAGUCGUCCGCUGAUGAACGCGUAACAUGCGAAUAUUGUAAAACCGUAAAAAAAAAUUGUAAAAAAUAGUACGCGCGACUGUGCGAAUUUAAUGAUUUCAUCUAACAUAGUUUAAUUGUUGAUUAAAAAAGUUCGACAGUGGUUUCCUCUGAAAUAAAACAAACGUUUGCAAUGUAAAUCGAGGGUGAAUUGUACGCGAGAGUAAAUCGCAAGAUUUGCGAAAAAUUCUUUCUUUCGCUGGGGAAACGGCGAUAACUGCUUCGAGAUAAUCGCUUGGCAGUUGGUAAUGAGCCGGUGAGAUUCCGCCGCGCUGGACAGUGAUAAGGGCUUCUGGCGACGCGCCAUAAGUCCGCUGAAUACUUCGGAUAAAUCAUCAGCGGUCGACUAUACGACUUUUAUCUCUCGGAAAGCGGAAGUUAUUCGGAGAAUGAAGCCCGUGUCUCACCGACGCGACGAGGAUCACGCUGAUUCUUUUUUUUUUCCGUGACGCGGGAAGCGAGCGUCAAGUGCGCGAGACGUUAAACUGAUUGAGGAGUAAUUCGCACGAUAUACCCUCGAUCUCCUAGCGCUUCGAUAUCGGGAGGCGACGCGGCUUCCACGUACCGACUAUAUCCUCUUCCGAGUCUCUCGAUGCCGCCGCACUGGGCGGACCUUUUAAGAUGUAAGAAUGAUCGAUUAGACCGUAAAUGAAUUCCGUCUCGUAUGUGGACUUUUUUCCUCGAUUUUACUCUCGUCUAAUACUAUAGAUAACGUUACAUUCUAUUUAAAAAAAAAAAAAGGUUAAUCUUAAGAGGAACGGACGCGCACCGCAACCUCUCCGCGGAUCGCGCCGAUCAUGCAUGCGUCGCGAUGGCGCGAUCGCCGAGCGAGCGAGCGGGAAGGGAAAAGAAAGACCGAAGGAUCGUUAGGUCGCUCGCUCAAUCCCGACGAUCCGCCGAAUUACCGUGCCGAAUCGAUGGAUCUCUCGCCACGAUUCUCUCGCCCGGAGAGCUAUCCGGCGAUCGGCGGGCGGACUUUACAUCGAUCUUCGCUCGCUUUGCCCUCCUCGUAUUAUGUACCUUAAACGACUAUAUCACUGUUACGCCAAUAACAAAGCCGCACGCUGUUUCAAAUAUUUUAAAGGAUUUAAUAAAUCGCUAAAAAAUAUGUA